AUGGGGCGGGGCUGUUGCGUUGCCCUCGCCCUCGCCCUCGCGCUGCUGUCGCUCCUGGCGCGCGGCGAGGCGGCGUUGACGGAGCAGAGCCACGGCGAGGCGGCGCCGCGCAGCCCGUGGCGGCCGCCCGUUGCCUUCGGCACCCUCACCGCGACCCCCGCGAGCUCCGCGGUGGUGGCGGCGGCGGCGCCGGUGCAGCAGCAGCCACCGCAGCAAUCGCGGACGGCGCCGGUGCAGGAGCUGGGGCGGAUGCAGGAGUACAGCUACCGCGUCGCCUCGAUGAACAGCGUGGUUCCCGUCACGGUGGAGGCGGGCAGCCGGCAUCAGCUGGAGUUCACCGGCGAGGCGGACAACGUGGUCAGCAUCGUGGCCCAGCUGCUGGACAACCGCUACGACAACAGCGUCCCGUCGUCGAACUGCUUUGGCCUUUACGUCAAUGUGGAGGUGCAGGUGAAGGAUGCGGACGAGGAAGCGGCGGGCGGCAACAGGGAGGAGCCGCCGCGGCAGCAAAGCACGCCGCCAAGCGCCUGGGCGACCUUUUGGAACUCCAUGGCGACCAUCCUCGACAGCAGUGCCUUUUGCGACCUGCUGCCGACGGUGAUGCUGCGCGUGGAGCCGACGCGGGAGGCAACGCAGUACUACUUCAUCGUCAGCGCCCGCCACGGCUACACGCUGCCGCUCUACAACUACACCUGUCAGAUGCGUCUGUUUUUUACGCAGAGGCCCGCUGCGGAGAUGGCGCGGGUGCAAAACGUGUUUGCGCUUGGCCUGCCGCUUGCCUUUCUGCUGCUGACGGGGCCGUUUGUGCUGUGGCGCAUUGACCUGAUCCCCGGCUACCUCACCGACAUUGACGUCAUCAGCUGGAUGUGGUUCCUGCCGUGCAUCCUGCGGGACGCCCUCAUCAAGGCGGCGGUGGGCUGCGGCACGGUGCUGUGGGGGGCCUACCGCAAACGACGCGCCCGGGAGCGCCAGCGGCGGCUGGAGGAGCGGCACCGUCGCCUCAUGGAGGAGGCAGAGCGGCUGCCGAGCAUGUUCCACGGCCCGCCGCCGCCGCCGCCGCCGCCGCCGCCGCCGUUUCAGCGGCAGGCCCAGCAGGAAGCAUUUGCAGCUGCCGAUGUGAGCCCCGGCCCCAGCGGCGGGAGCAAUAGCACUACUAAUAGUAAAGCUCAUAGCAGUACGUCCAACAACAACAACAACAACAACGGCAACAACUCUGGCGGCGGUGGUUGUCAGGGUGAGGCGGAGCGGCAUGGGCCAGUCGCAGUGCAUGUGCGACAGCCACCGCCUCAUCCGGUGCCAACGCUGGCACCAACGACAGCGGCAGCUGCCGUGGAAGCAGAAGGCGGCGGCGGCGGCGGCGACGACGACGACGUGGAUGCCAGCCUCAGGCAGAAGCACACCGAGGAGGAGAAGCGGAAACUGCUGCAGAGCUCUGGGGAGCUGGAGGCCAAGCAGCAGGUAGACGGUGAGGCGUCGUCGCCCGCGAACGCCCGUCUGGCGGCGUCCGUCGCGCAGUACCCUCCGGGCGCCAGGGAGAAGGGCGCCGCCGCCGCCGCCGCCGUGGGCCCGCGAGAGAUGUUGGAAACAGCGGCGCCCUGCGUGGUGCACGUGCACGCGGCCGCCGAGGCGCCGGUGGACUCGGUGGACGGGCUGGCCGCCGGCGGCAGCAGUAACCACCGCAAGCGUGCAUCCGGUGGGGCCCGUGUCUUUCUGUACAAGGAGGAGGAGGAGGAGGAGGAGAACGUCUGUCGCAUCUGCCGUGACGGGGCGGAGGAGGAGAAGCUCGUCUCGGCGUGCGAGUGCACCGGCUCCGUGCGAUGGGUGCACCGCACCUGCCUGGACCGCUGGCGCCUAGAGAGUGCGAAGCGCAACAUUCGCAACGUCAAUCGCUGCGAGAUCUGCAAAAAGCCCUUCAGCAUCCCCAUUCGGCGACGCACGCUGCUGUGGCAAAGCUCGCGCCAUUUUUUGCUUGCCAUCACGCUCGCCGUUUCCACCGUUGUCCUGUUCGCCGCCCUCUCGGUGCUCCUGCGCAACACGCUGGGGAGCAUCUCCUGUCAGGCCCCAUGGCGCAGCGUCUCCUACGCGACGAUGUUCAACCUGGACGGCAUCAUACUCACCCUGUUUGGGUACUUUAUGCUCACCCUCCUCGCCACCUUCUCCUUCGCCCUCGUCUACAGCCGGUGGCACGUGCGGGAGGAAACCGAGGCGUACGUGCAGGAGUUUCAGGUCCUGCCGGAGUUUUGGACGCGGCGAAACACGGCGAAGGUCGUGGCGGUGUACGUGAUCGGCCUUGGGCAGGCCCUCUGCCUCGGCUACCUGCUGAAGCUCUUCGUAUACCGCACCAGCAGUGUGGCGUGGAACUGGGAGGCCUCCCCCUCCAUUGGCGCGGUGCUCUACCUGAUGCUCCUCAGCUUUGCCGUCAGCGUCGUCCGCGGAGGCCGGGACUUCAUUCGGACCCAAACCGCCCGCAGCGCGCGGGACGUUGUGGUGGAGACGGCAGACGAAACACAACAGGAACAACAACAAGGGGGCGGAGAGGCAGCGACGGUAGCAGCAGCAGCUACAGGGGAGAAUGCAGAUUCGCACGGACAAGCGCCCACCGGUGAGGGACCACGCGCGACGUCAGAGGCGGUUGCCGUGCCGCCGCACCUGCGCCCGAUCCGGGCCGUGGAGUACUGCCCAAGGCGUCCUGUGGAGCGUCCCCGGUAG